UUACAACAAGAAGCUGGUAGUUGGCUGGUGGUCUAUUUACACCCCUGCAUUAAUCUAGACUGCCAUUGGCUGCCAGUGGUGCCACCAAUCUCUCUGUCUUGCUGGGGUCGGGAUGCUCGUCGCCAUUCAGUCUCUGAACUUGUGGAUGCGGUAAAAGGGGUAGGAGGCUUCGUUGGUGUUGGGACAGUUGUAAGUGCACUUGCAGGACUCAAUCAUCAUGAUGUUCUUGUUGAAGGUCUCGCCGUCCUCGCAGCGGAACUUGACCCGGAUGGUUCUGGUGUCGUGGGGGCUGCAGCAGCGGCCGUCGAUACAGGCUCCACAGUAUCUCGGUCUGUACUUCUUCAGGCUCGAACAGCCGGCAUAGGUGAACUUGAUUGGCUGGCUGGAUUUCUUGGUUCUGCUGCACUUCUUUCCUUUCUGAAGAAGAAUAAACACAAACCAGGUGAUUUGAGCGUGCCAAGUAAAAGGGAAAGCGAAAACAUGGCUGGUUUGAUGGCAGGUUUUGGUCAUUACACCCACGCCGUGGUCCGGGGAAUCCCCUCGUCCCUGGCCAAGGAGGCGCUCCGCAGCAGCCGGGCGGAGGUGGACCUGGCCGGGGCUCGGAGGGAGCAUGAGGCGUACGUGGAGGUCCUGAGGACGCGGCUGGGGCUGGAGGUGCUGGAGCUCCCCGCGGACGACGCGCUCCCGGACUGCGUGUUCGUGGAGGACGCGGCCGUGGUGUGCGGGGACACGGCGCUCAUCACCAGACCCGGCGCGCAGAGCAGGAGAGGAGAGGUAGGGUCUCCUCUUCUACAUGAUUCCACAUGA